UACUCCAGGGUCACGUCGCUACAUGUCCGUCAAGCUCAGCACAUUCGAAGUAAAUGUGUACAGGGAUAUCUUUUUUUUUUUUCUUUCUUUCUUGAACAAGGUUAUAGACUGAACUGUUUUGAUGGACUGUGUGGAUCAAAGUAACGCAAAUGCAGAAGCACCCUCCGUUAUCGACCGAUAUUAUACACGGUGGUACAGAGCAGAUAUGAAGGGUAAAGCAUGUGAGGAUCACUGCAUCUUGCAACAUUCAAACAGGUUGUGUGUUGUUACCUUAGCUGAGACCCACCCAAUCCUUCAAGAAGGACGCACUAUCAAGAGCAUCAAUUACCAGAUCAGUAAUGGCUGCAGUCGCUUGAAGAAUAAAGUGUCUGGAAAGUCUAAACGGGGGGCACAGUUUGUUACAGACUUUGCACCGUUGUGCAGAAUAACAUGCUCAGAUGAGACAGAGUACACAAUAUAUAGUUGCAUAAGGGGACGGCUUCUGGAGGUUAAUGAGAACAUUUUGGAAACGCCAAACCUCUUGAUAGAAAAGCCGUCCACAGAAGGAUACAUCGCCGUCAUCCUUCCAAAGUUUGAGGAAAGCAAGAGCAUCACCGAACACCUCUUGACGAGAGAAGAGUUUGAGGGCGUCGUCUCCAAACGCAGUGUGUCACAACCCUCCUCAUAGGGCAUCUAAGACUAAAAUUUUCUGGGAGAGAUUUAGUUUUUUUUCUUUAAGUAUGUUUCCCACCUUCAUUCUCCCAGUUGGUUCAAGACAAAGACUGAGAAAAUGGACUGAAUCCACCUCCUGAGGAGAAGCUUUUGCUAAAGAAGCACUUUGCCUUCAGUUUUUCUCCCAAUUACAAAGACUCCAGAGUUUUUUUGUUUUAUGUCCCAAGCUUCAGAAAGCUCUAAUUUAGAAUGUAUGUUAUUAUAAAAGAAGAAAGAAUGAAG